AUGGAGACGACGCCAGAGCAGCAGCUGGCGACGGUUUGGGCUCUGAGCUCCCCAAUUGCCUCAACGGCGCCCAACCUACCACGACAAGGGCCGCAGAGCAGGCAGCGGACGCCAGUGGCGCAGCAGAGCAAGUUCCGCAAGGGCGUGGGAAAAGGAGCCGGAAAGGCAAUGCCAUAUGCCAAGAGGACACGCGAGCAGGAGGAAGAGGAGGAGCUAUGGAUGGAUUCGGAGCUCGACGAAGCGACAAUCCGCCGGACACUGCGCACGCUGAUCGGAGCGGCAGCCAGGCACGAGCAACAGCUAACAUCCUUGGAAGCAGACAGGAGCUAUGUCCUCUUCCUGGAAACCGGCAACCAUGGCAUGAUCAACAUGCUGAUUCAAGCCAGCCAGGCAUGGCACCAACAGUACGAGGCAGGCACGGUGACAACGACAUUGCGAGCCACUCUAUGGGGAGUUCUACUACUCGAAUGGCAAGCCAGACUCACCAAAAUCGAGCAGGACACCCAAGCCCUCCAAACAGCGGAAACGGCCAACUGGAUUUUGCGGACUCCGCUCCAGUGGGUGUACACAGAGUGGAAUGCGGAGCAGAAGAAGGCCCUGCCUUCAAGCAAGGACAACCUCUCCCACGAACAGACCAAGCAAGCCGUAGCCAACCUGCUCAGGAACACGGCAAAGGACGCAAAGUGCAUCGGCUCCAAAGCAGAUGUCGUGGUGAUGCUCUUGACCCUGACCAUCCACCAACACGCGGCGGAGGUCUAUCGAGACCUAGACCUGCUAGCCAACAACUGCGCGGGAAAGGUGAUAGGACUUCGGCUGCGCAAAGAAAGGGUCAACAAGACGUCCCUGGCGAAAGAGCUGGAAAAGCUACAGCUCUGA